AUGCUUACAUCUCUGGGCGGAGAGUCGUUCUGGGGUCUUAGUGUCGCCAGGGCACUCCGUGACAAAGAUAACCCUUGGCACUUUCGAAGACAGGAAGUUUCAGUUGUAGUAUCCAACCGUCUCCUUUGUAUCAGCAACGACCCUUGGAGCUAUGUGAACGAACAGACUGUAGGGUGGACAUUUGAUUUCAACAAGACUGUCCUUGAUUACACACGCACUAAAGUCGACGUGCACGGCCCUUCUUGCAGCCUGGUGUGGGACGUUCCCGUUACAAAGAUCACAGCUCAGGCACCUUUUGUAGUUAUCAUGCAAAACGCUGUCUCGGAUAUCCCCAGUGUUGCUGACCAGUGCAGACAGGUGUGGGCUAACAAUGAAAAGUUAACUAUGGCCUUACAAGGUGGCCUGAGUCUCCGAUUGGCUUUCUCUGGAGAGAGAGACACUAACAUAGAAACCCUUACAAUUGCUCUCAGUCCGACAAUCCACGCAAAUAGCACUGCCGCUGGAAAACACAUGAAUAAUAUUAUUGACACCAAUAUCACCUGCAUUGUUCUUACUGAGGAGGAUGCUAGUCAGAUGGUGUUCAGUGUCCCUCCGGUGCAACUGAACAACGAUGAAACAUCUCUUGACUCCAAUAGUGGUCCGACAUCUCGUCAAAAUCUUACAACAAAGAACGAGUCUACCGUACCACCAAACCUGACUGGGAUGGCAUCGAGGCCAGGAAACCACAACACGGUGCUAGCUCCGGUGUUACCUACAUCAGAACAUAAGACUACGAUGUCACCGGCUUUUCCUCUGCAUUUCAGCACUAUCCUGACAAAGCCUGCCCAAGACAAACCAAGCCCAACCAGGACGUUCACAACCGCCUUGAUUAUUUCGAUACUAGGAGGUCUGAUAGUGAUAAUAUUUGUUGUCCUUCUCUUGAAAAGAACUUUAAUGUCAAACAAGCAGGACGUCCAAGCCAUCCCUGAGCGGCAGGAAGCUGUGCCGAGACGGGUACGGUCGGCCUCUCUACCUGACAUUUCCCGCCGUAGCGCCAUUUUACACCGCAAAUCUUCCUGCAGAUCUCUGCCUAGUGCCCUUCAUUCUAUCGAGCCCACGUACUGUGAGAUUCCUGAUGACGCUGUCUAUGCUACUCGACCUCUCCCCGCCCUUCCACAUACAUACUGGGAAAUCCCAGACGUUGAACCGAACGAAGACGAUGAUGACGCGUUGCCCUUCUAUGCUGCUGCCACAGAUUUAACGCUCAUGGGGAAUGGGGGGAGUCUCAGCACCUACCACGACACCUCGGCCACUACUGGUCGCCACCACAGGCCUUCACCUAUCCAGCGUACAGCCAUGUAUGGAAAAUCUCAGUCCCAACGCGUUACGUGUUACGAAAAUGCAGGGAAUCCCUCCUGCCACCGUGGCACGAGCGCUCGUGGGGCAGCUUCCGUACCCUUCUACGAAGGUCAGGGGAUGGUGACAUACAUAAAUGCAGCUAAUAUAUCCGGCACGUCAUUCGUAACUCAGUACAGAGCAUCGAGGUCGAAUGGAUACGAAUCCUCGCCAGCUUCUCAACUGACGGAGAAUCAAGUCUAUAAGACUGUUCCAGACGAGACAGAGCCAUGGACAUCCUCGUCCAACACCUGGCCGUGGGAGAUCUCCAAUGGACAGUUAAGUAGAGCUCACUCGGUGCCUGCUAUCUCCACAUUUCCAAACACUUACUGGCCACGGCGAGAAAGCGCGUGCAGAAGUAGCCGAAGCCAUCAGCGGUGGGCGUCCCUCCCCACACUCAGUAAUACCUACCAUGAGACAACACAAACCGAGGUACCUUUAGUCAGUACAAUACCAAACACGUACUGGCCGUGGGAUAUUUCUAGCUACGGGCACACUAACACCUCGUGCCCUCGUGCUGUCCCCACCGUACCAAACACCUACUGGCCGUGGGAGCUGGCGGGUGAAGAUAUAACCGUAGCACACGACGACGUGCGUCUCUCCCAAUAA